CGAGACGAAUUGCAUCAUGAAAGGUUGGUAGUAUACAUCGCAUGAUGAUGUACCAUAGGAAAUGUGAUUUCCCAGAGCCUGAUGGGCCUUGGAGCUCGACGACAUCUCCAGGCGAGAAAAGGGAUUCUAAAGUAGAUGAUUGAGCUUGGGAAAGAAUGAAUACCGACGAAUGGAAUGAUUUGACAGAGUGCUCACUGCAGUCACAUCGGAUGGAGGAAAGUAGCGCCUGUAAUGUUUCGCAGGGAACCUGGUCGAGGAUUGCAGAUGCCAUUACUUGCAGUUACUUACUGGGUUCGGAGAUGCGAUGAGGCAGCGUCGAACCACGUGGCAGCAUCAGCCUUUGCCUCAGCAACGACACCCAGGCGUAUGCAGUUCCUGGCCAGCCUUCAAGUCGUCACCCUACGUCCUGAGGCCGCCGUCUUCAUUAUCAUGACCACUGCAGCUUCUUCUAGAGCUACCCAUGCUGCUACUCGCCGCGUUUCAUCGUCUUCCUCGCCUUCACCGCCUCCACCGCCUACAAUAGCCAGGGGUGCCACAGCACGCUCGGCAGUGUCUCCUCGCGUCUCGUCCAACUUGAAACCAGCACCUGCUCGUCGUGGGUCUAUCAAAGGUCCAUCGACUUCUUCAGUCUCCGAUGGAAGGGGAGAGUCCCUCUCAGAGUCGCUCAAGCAUGAAACGGAGCAAAAGGAGCAGCUGCUCGUCCAACUUCAAGACAAAGAGCAGACCAUAGCAACCUUGAGCUCCGAGAAUCACCAACUCACGACCGCAUUAAAUGCUGCCGAAGCUAGACUCAAUGAACUCUAUGCAGACCAGAGUCGCUCCGAAAUAGAGCUGGCACAGCGGAUAGACAUUUCUGAGAAACUUAGAGAUCAAGUACGCGAAUUAGAGAAGGAGAGGAGAGACAUCCAGAGGCGAUACAAUGAACAGACAGCAACGUUCGACGCUGAGCGUCAAGCUUUCUACGACAACGAACAACACCUUAAAUCACGUAUUCAAUCCUUGUCGCAAGCCAGGAAACAGCCUGCCCCUGUUGUUUCCCAUCAUGAUAUUGAAUCCGACGCAGAAACUGACUACGAAGAGGAACCCGUCGCAUCUCGCAGGCCUGAGACACCUAAGCAGGAUCUGAAUGAUCCAGAACAGGAGCCUGCGGAGAUGACAUCUCUUCGGUUAGAACUGUCCACGUUAUCCACGUCCCAUUCUUCCCUGCAGAGCACGCUAGUUCUCCUGCAGACCCAGCUUCUUGAUCUGAAGCGCGUUAAUCACGAAUUACAAGAAGAAAACGAGAGCUACAUGAUCUUGUUAAGAGAGAAGACUCUCAGCGGGCAAUUUGAUGUCAUGAAGCAAAUGGCCAGUGCUGGUCAAGACGAUGACGACGAGAAUGACGCCGACGAUACAGAUGUCGGCAGUCUUCGUAGUAUCGGGAGGAGCACUCUUGAGCGGGUCGACGAAGAGGAAAUUUCCCAAGUCACUUUCGAGCAGGAGCUCGAGAGAAGCUUAGAACCUCGGGAUACAGAUUCUGUUUCGUCGCGCAAUGGCAGAUCCACCAAGCAUGGACGUAGUCGCGCCGCAUCCCAUUCCUCGAGCAACGGGCUUGAUUUGGCGGCCGAGCUCGGGAGGGCUGAAAAUAAGGACAUCCUUUCUGGUAACACUAUUGACGACCGUGACCGAUCAGUCUUGAACAGCAAGAAUAAGCGGCCGAAGAAAGAUUCGGAUAGCAGAAAUGUUUCCAUGUCGGACGACAACGACGGGUCUAGCAACGACCUUGAUGCUCUCCGCACCGAGGUCAAAGUACUCAAAGAUGCUAAUAAAGCGCUGUCGCUUUAUGCUUCCAAGAUCAUCGAUCGUAUAAUCUCCCAAGAAGGCUUUGAACACGUCUUGGCUGUGGAUUACGACAAAGAGCCGCCCACUCCCUCUACAGCUGUACCUAAAUCUAAUAAUGCAUCCAAACCACGACCUCAAUCUGCCAUCAUCGGGCGUUCAUCAUCGAACUCCGAGGCUUCACGCAUUAAUUCACCCCCCAUACCCGCAACACCCAAGCUCUCUUCGCCGCCGAUGCCUAAAGUGCAACGCCGGUCGCUAUCAUUUGAUUGGAAGAAUUUCUCGAUCUUUAAUCAACCGGACAAGAAGCCCGAGGCAAAUUUACGACCUUUAACGCUUACGCCUGGUGCAAACCCUGUUACAGGCGCCAGGAAAUUAGAAACUCAGGAAGACGAGGAGGACCGCAAAGAAAGGGAGAGGAUGAACGCUACCUUGAAGCUGAUGGGUAUUCAACCUCAGUCUCCUGUGCCUAUACAGAAGUCUUUCUCGUCUCCGACUCCCUCACAUACCCCUCUGUCCCCCCCUAACUCCACCUCCACGACCGCCACUACAUCCAAACGGUUUUCGUGGUUUAAUUCGCGGUCUACAACCGCGGACAAUUCAGAAACUUCGUCUCUCAACUCCAGCCCUUCUUUGGGUAGUAAUGACAACACUCGAACUGGGUCGGGUCUAACUCAAGAAGCCUUAGAGCAAGCUGAAGCACAAAACUCUAUCGCUGCUUUGGACGCUCAUGAGCGAUCGCUGAGCGCAGAGAUUGCCCGUGGAUCUGGAAGUGGGUUCACUGAGAUAUCGCCUCGGAGUGGCCGACGGAGUAGAAGAAGCGCGGGAGGCAGUGGUAGUGGAAGCACGGUAUGGAGCGCCGGUAUAGGUGAAGAAGGAGAUGAUUAAAGUUCUUCUUACUGAGUUUUGCACUCACUUACGAUGCACUGGCUCGUUGUUUUUUUCUUAACAAUUCUUUACAGUUACCCCCAUACAUUUGUUAAUAUGU